GAGGACCAUAUAUAUGCGUGGGGAGCCCGCGUCCUUUCCCUGGCGUGAUUCCGUCCUGCGCGUCUCUUCUCUAGGGCAGCAGCCUAUUUUCCGUCCGCCUUCUCUCCCACCUAAGUGCGUGCUACCACCCCAUGGAAGAUUCGAUGGACAUGGACAUGAGCCCCCUGAGGCCCCAGAACUAUCUUUUCGGUUGUGAACUAAAGGCUGACAAAGAUUAUCACUUUAAGGUGGAUAAUGAUGAAAAUGAACACCAGUUAUCCUUAAGAACGGUCAGUUUAGGGGCUGGUGCAAAGGAUGAAUUGCACAUUGUUGAAGCAGAGGCAAUGAAUUAUGAAGGCAGUCCUAUUAAAGUAACAUUGGCAACAUUGAAAAUGUCUGUACAGCCAACGGUUUCCCUUGGGGGCUUUGAAAUCACACCACCUGUGGUCUUAAGGUUGAAAUGUGGUUCAGGGCCUGUGCAUAUUAGUGGGCAGCACUUAGUAGCUGUGGAGGAAGAUGCAGAAUCAGAAGAUGAAGAGGAGGAGGAUGUAAAACUCUUAAGUGUGUCUGGAAAGCGAUCUGCCCCUGGAGGUGGUAGCAAGGUUCCCCAGAAAAAAGUAAAACUUGCUGCUGAUGAAGAUGACGACGAUGAUGAAGAUGAAGAUGAUGAUGAUGAAGAUGAUGAUGAUGAUGAUUUUGAUGAUGAGGAAACUGAAGAAAAAGCUCCAGUGAAGAAAGGUCAAGAAUCCUUCAAAAAACAGGAAAAAACUCCUAAAACACAAGGACCUAGUUCUGUAGAAGACAUUAAAGCAAAAAUGCAAGCAAGUAUAGAGAAAGGUGGUUCUCUUCCCAAAGUGGAAGCCAAGUUCGUCAAUUAUGUGAAGAAUUGCUUCCGGAUGACUGACCAGGAGGCUAUUCAAGAUCUCUGGCAGUGGAGGAAGUCUCUUUAAGAAAAUAGUUUAAACAGUUUGUUAAAAAUUUCCGUCUUCUUUCAUUUCUGUAACAGUUGAUAUCUGGCUGUCCUUUUUAUAAUGCAAAGUGAGAACUUUCCCUACCGUGUUUGAUAAAUGUUGUCCAGGUUCCAUUGCCAAGAAUGUGUUGUCCAAAAUGCCUGUUUAGUUUUAAAGAUGGAACUCCACCCUUUGCUUGGUUUUUAAGUAUGUAUGGAAUGUUAUGAUAGGACAUAGUAGUAGUGGUGGUCAGACAUGGAAAUGGUGGGGAGACAAAAAUAUACAUGUGAAAUAAACUCAGUAUUUUAAUAAAGUAGCACUGUUUCUUUCUA